UCUCGUGUCAAAGUUGACUGGGACUGCGCUGUCACGUCUUUGUUGCUCCCUGAAGCCACAUCCAAUCUUCCGAAUUUAAAAAAAAAAACACAUGUGGGGAACAUAACAUUAUUUUCCUGACCGGAGAAUCCGAUUAAAACAGCCGUUAACUAGUAAAAGCACCCACAAGAUGGACAAUAAGAUGAACGGAUCCCUGCCCGUUGGCUCCUCGGCGUAUCUGCAACAGUGGAUUCAGUCGGCUCAGCAGUUCCAAGCCCUCCAAGCCCAAUAUUCAACCUACAACCAUCUGCCGCACUACCCGGAGGAACACACAGGGGGAACAGCGGCAGCUACACCGCACAUUGUUCACCCUCAAUCCGCGAUGGAGCAGCAGGAGCCUGCUAAUCUGACAAAACCCCCGCCCAAAAAGCGAGGCCGACCAUCUCAGCCCAAGGAACCCAAGCCGCCAAAGGCCCCCAAGGUCCCAAAGGAACCCAAGCCCCCAAAAGAACCCAAGCCCCCAAAGGCACCCAAGCUCCCGAAGGCACCCAAGCCCCCGAAGGAACCCAAAGCGCCCAAGGCCAAACCGGGCCCGAAGCCCAAGAAAGGCGCCCAGGGACAGGCGGCCGAUGGCAAGCAGGAGAAGAUUGACGAGAGCUUCAAGAAGGUGAAGAGGAAAGUGGAUCGUUUCAAGGGCAUGUCGGAGGAGGAGGUGAUGAAAAAGACCCUGCCGGACCUGCUGGACCACAAUCUGGACUACGUCAUUAUUGGUAUCAAUCCAGGGCUGAUGGCUGCUUUCAUCGGACGAUGGUUUCCUGGUCCUGGAAAUCAUUUUUGGAAGUGCCUCUUCCUUUCGGGAUUCACCGAAGAGCAGCUCAACCACAUGCAUGACACCACUUUGCCUGGCAAGUACAAAAUGGGCUUCACCAACAUGGUUGCCAGGGCGACGCCAGGCAGUAAAGACCUGUCAAGCAAAGAGCUGCGUGAAGGGGGCAAAAUUCUUGUGGAGAAACUGAUGAAAUACAAACCUCUCAUUGCGGUCUUCAACGGAAAGUGCAUAUAUGAAAUGUUCUGUCGAGAACUCUUUGGCAAGAAACCAAAGACGCUGGAGUUUGGUUUGCAGCCUCACAAGAUCCCCGACUGUGAAGUGGCUUUGUACUUGAUGCCAUCAUCCAGCGCCCGGUGCGCUCAGUUCCCUCGUGCUCAGGACAAAGUCCACUUUUACAUUAAGUUGCGGGAGCUGCGCGACCACCUGCGGGGCAUUCAGCGGCCCAGGGAGAUUGAAGAGAUCAACUACUCAUUCGACCUUCACCUGGCCAAGGAGGACGCCAAGAGAGUGGCCAUCAAGGAGGAGCAGUACGAUCCCGGCUACGAGGACGCCUACGGCGGAGCUUAUGGCGAACCGCCGGCCGAGGGAGGCCAGAGUCAAGCCAACGGACACUUUCCCUUCUCACCAAGCCAGGAAAACAAUGCUGCAGAAGACGAAGGACAGGAAGCAAGCGCGUCAAAAACUUCUCAACUGGCCAACGGAGAGGGGAUGACGCAAUCUUGCGCCAGUCAGACUCCUGAUCAAAGCGCAGAGGGAAGAGUAGAAGGAGAAGGCGGAGGAGCUCGCCUGUCCUCAGCCGUAUAAUGACAAAUUGUUACAAUUUUUAUAUAUUUUUUCUUCCUUAGUGGAAUAUACACGCCUAGAUAGACUUUGUAGACAUUCUUGCAGAAUAUUCUUUCUGCACUGGUUUUAAAAUGUUGUUGUGGUAUCAUGCUCUCCAUGGCCGCCAUUUUACUCACACACACACACACACACACACACACACACACACACA